GAAAUUUUACCUUCUAUACCACAAAAUAUUCUUGCACAAAUGAUUGUUGAUUUAGUUCAAUUAAUUAAAGAUUUGUUUCAUGUUGAAUGUCGAGUAAAUAUUCUUCAUGAAUCAAAUACAUCAAUUCAAUAUUAA